GAAUCAGGAUCAAAAUCAAUCAUUGAUCUGAUCUCUGCUCUAACGUAUCUCGUCUCUCACAGCCAUGGCCAAAACUUCAACCGCGCUCGAAGAUCCGAAAGCCCUAAUCGAAAGAGGAUAUGAUAUAGCGGCUGACGAGUACCUCGCAUGGGCCGGACCGCGACCGACGACCAAACGCAUGCGCCUGAUCGAUGACCUCCUGACUAAAAUCCCCGCAGACGCCAGCGUUCUCGAGCUUGGCUGUGGGGCCGGUGUGCCCGCCACUCAACUUCUCGUCGAGCGCGGCUUGUCCGUCACGGGCAACGAUAUCUCCGCUGCCCAGAUCGAGCUUGCGAGGAAACACGUGCCGGGCGCCAAGGCGCUCAUCCAGGGCGAUAUGUUCGAGCUGGAAUUUCCCGAAGGCAGCUUCGAUGUGGUGCUCGCGUUCUACUCGAUCUUUCACUUGCCGAAGGAGGAGCAAGCGCUGAUGGUGGAGAAGAUCAAAGGGUGGCUCAAGCCGGGUGGAUGGAUUCUGUGUAAUUUUCAGUUUGAGGGAAAGGAUAUCACGCGGGAGGGCUGGUUCAAGCCGGAAGUGGUGAUGUUUUCCAGCGGGCUCGGUGUCGAAGGGACUCGCGAGAUGUUCACUCAGGUCGGCGGUUAUGAGCUGGUCGUAGAUGAAGUAGAUAUCGAAAAAGUGGGACGCUUCGAGGAGAAAUUCCAUUGGAUCAUGGCUAAGAAGAAGUUGACAGAGUAGAAUGGAUUGGAAUGUAUGGGUUCAGGAAUCGCUUGUGCACCCAAUAUUUGUCACUGUUAACAUCACACCCAGUCUGAUGUCGAGUGCAUUGAUCGAUUUUCACUUCCCAUGAUGCAAACCAACACUUGAUCGAAAUACUAGCAGUCACGGUACUGGAAGUUCAUCGACUGAAGGCGACGUGUUGUGUAUGGUUUAUAUCAGCGUCUUCAGGCGACACGACAUUCAUUAUUACGCUUGCUGUAGUUGUUGAAGUGAUGGUUGACGACGACGACGGCGGCUCUAUAGGUCUAGGCCUUCAGUUUCUGUCGCUUGCCACCAAUGCUGGGAUCAUCAUGGGCAUGUCAGUGCUGGCGCUAAAGGGAAGCCGGACUGAGACAACAGCUGAAUUCAGAUCAGGUUCCGUGGCACUGGACUUCUCCGACGGCGACUUGGAUUUCGCGGUAUGCCAUCAUCUCGGCAUCAUCCGACAGGAACUAGACCACAACUGGGCGCGGCAAAUUGUUUUUCGCGCCCUUGUGAAAAGCACCUCGCAGGUAUACGAUAGACCCAGGGACCGUGGACAGAAUUGCCGAUUCAGCUGCACACAGCGGCCAGAGUAAUAGACCGGACAAUGUCUCAAAUGCGUGAGGCAAUCCGGCGGAUACACCCAGGCCAUAAGCCCGAUCGCCAUCAGGAACGCUUCUCUGCGUGAUGUGCGAGAGAUUCUGAUUGUGUGGGCGCUAGUUCUGUUGCGGUCAUUCUCCGAUCGUCGUCGUCGUUUUCGUCGUGUGGACGCGCGCGCCACAAGAGCGAAUAUUCAAGAUGGAACGUUCGUGCGGUGUAAGAACGAAUAUCUAUCCCUACGUGUGGUUCAUACGCAGCACGUCGGAUGCCUAAGCGCGCUCAAGUUCGCCUACGCGCUCCCUCCGUUCUUCCGUACGCGUGGGCCUUGUCGCCGAUAUGCCCGACGGUAGUGUUUGCGGUUGUCGUCCGGCUCCGGCGUCCCGGGCAGCUGGGAAAUUUUGAAUGUGGCUGCUAGCCGACGAUCGGACCUCGUUGGACGCGCAACAUCAAUCUCCGGAGGACGUGC